UCCAACCACAGAUCUUCUACCUGUCACUCAAAAUGGAAGAUGUUUUCCCUAUCCAAAUCAGACAAAUCAGAUGAGUGUUCACAGUGAUCCAGAGUUCCAAGUUGCAAGUGCCCCAUGUCCACCCCCAUCUGCCUUUCAAAGUUACCUCAGAGUCAUCUUCAGUUUGAUCUGGAAGUCCACAGUUGCCUGCUGCUUCUACUACAUCGGCUACAAGCAAUGGUCAAUCAUAUGGGUAGCUCUCCCAGUCUUAGCAGACACAAUAGUUGACAUUUUUGCCGCUAGGUACGCUAGAAAACGCAAUCGUGCCAAAAUGAGAGGUAUGGCUGAUGAAAAAGACCUCAUUCGAUCCCAUUUCAAAGAACUUCCAGCCUGGGUGUUCUUCCCUGACGUGGAAAGGGUAGAAUGGGUCAAUAGCAUGUUAAGACAGAUGUGGCCUACCGUGAACAACUACGCCAGAUCCUACAUGCUGGAAACCUUGGAGCCUGAGUUAAAAACCACCAUGGACUACUACAUGCUGAAGGGUUUCCACUUCCAGAAGAUAGAACUAGGUUUUAUUCCACCAAAAAUAACAGGAGUUAAAGUGUACGAUAGAACUGGUCGCAAUGAAAUCAUCUUGGACCUUUACCUCUUCUAUGGAGGAGACUGCGAGGUCACCUUUGGUCUGGUUGGAGUAACUGCUGGCAUCAAAGACUUCCAGAUCGAAGGUGGCAUAAAAUACUUCUUCAUAGACGACCCUGACAUUGAUUUUGUUAUGACUGGAGUUACAGGCCUCCUGGAAGUGCCAGGAUUGAGGAAUAAAUUCAGACAAGUCAUAGAAUCAGUCGUGAACUCAAUGUACGUCUUACCAAACAUGUGCGUCAUCGAUUUAUCAGACAACCCUGAAGUUAUCUCCUAUCUAAGAACCCCCAAUCCUAAAGGAGUCCUUAGGGUGUUUGUCGUUGCCGGUAAAAAGUUGAUAUCUCAGGAUAUCAACGGACUCUCUGAUCCUUUCGUCAUCAUCAAAGUUGGAUCUGACGAACACAAAACACAAACUAUAAACUACUCGUUGAAUCCUGUAUGGAACUUCCAUUGUGAGUUUAUAAUAACUGAGCUUCAGGGUCAGAAGGUAACUUUCCACGUAUGGGACGAAGACUACGCAAAGCAUGAUUCUCUGGGACACUGCUCUUAUGAAAUCUCCUCGGUGAAGGAUGCGAAGUAUGUCGACACUUGGUUGAUCUUGGAAGAAGUGUCUCAUGGAUCUAUACACGUGGAGUUCAUGUGGUUCAACCUGUGCAGGUCUUUGCAGGAUCUGCAAAACACCUUGGAAGAUAAUCAUACGUUUCCAGGAGAACCAUUCAAUUCAGCGGUUCUAGUAGUUUUUAUAGAUUCUGCCACAGAACUGCCGAUGAAGAACGGAUUUCCUAAUCCUUUGGUGGAGUUGACAGUAGGAACUGUCACUAAAAAGACGCAGGAGUGUGUAAAAACUGCCAAUCCUAGAUGGGACGAGGGUUUUUGCUUCCUGGUGGUGGAUCCUAACAACAGUUACUUGAAGUUGAAGGUGAUGGAUGGAAGUGCCAACAAGCAGAUCGGUUAUUUCGAGUUUAGCAUCAAUACGUUGCUGAAACAUAGGCAUCUGAAGAUCAGGAGUCAGCCUUUCAAGUUGACCAAGUCUGGCGAGAAUAGCGAGAUUGUUAUGUCGGCAAGUUUAAAGAUAAUGACAAUAAAUGAUGUGACUAUUUCUCAGAUAUUUAUUCUUGUUUGUUGACAUUCGGCUUUUUUUGGAAGAAAUAUAGUUGGGAGA